AUGAGCGAAAAAGAAAAUUCUUUUGAUCUUGAUAAAUUUUUAGAAAAUAAUUCCCUUCUGAAGAACACAAAAUUACGUCAUUUCUAUACAUUGUUAGAUAAUAAAAAAGUUGAAGGAAAAUGCACUUCUGAAAUAUAUAAUAAUGGAAGUAAGGGAUAUUUAUGUAGUCUUUAUCAACAUGUUGGAAAUAUAUUUAAUGAAUGGAAUUCAAUAUGUCCAUCCUCCGAAAAAGAUGAAGCCAAAUGUUGCGAUUACUUUAAUUAUUGGUUAUAUGGUAAGAUAACAAAAAGUGACAUGGACUUUUCUGAUAUUGCUUGGAUUUACAAUAGAUUAAGUGAGUUUAUGCAUAAAAAAGAAUCUAACACAAAGAUUAAACAAAUAUGUGAAGACAAAUUUAAAAUAGAAACUUCUAUAGAUGUAUUAAAAAAUAAAAAAGUUUUAUAUGAAUUUUUAGAAUAUUAUGAUUACAUAACAAGUGCGUGGUCAUCAAAUGCGGUAGAGAAAGAAGAAUUUUGUAGGUAUAUUAUAUAUGUUUUCAACUUAUACCAAAAAUUAGAAGAAGAAGGUAGACAACUUGGCACACUACAUAGAUAUAAAAAUGAAAUUAAACUUUUUAAAGAGAAAUUUAGCAAUGAGGAAAACUUAUCUUUAUUAAAACAGAAUUGUAAAAUUUACGAUACAUUUAUAAAAAAGUUCGAAGUUUUUGAGAACUUAACCCUUUUACAGAGAAAUCAUGAAAAACAAAUUACAAGACCUGCUAAACCAUCCGAUUAUGUAGAAUAUAAUGAACAAUUAAAAAGUGAAUAUGAUAAGGUUCUUAUAAUGUUACCUUCUGACAAAAUAUAUAAGGAAUUAGGAAGAGAAUUUUCUAACGAUGAUAAAUAUGAUAGUAUUCAUUGUAAUGAUUUAUCUGACAAUAUUAAAAAUAUCUGUAAAAAAAUCAUAAGAAACCUAAAAGAAUUACUAACCAUUGAUAAGUUUAACAAUGAAAAUCACAAGGACCUUUGUACUUAUUUAAAUUUUUGGAUAUAUGAUGAAUUAUAUAAAUUACAUAGAAAUAGGGGUGAAAACAUUUUGGACAUAACAGAUGUUCAUAAACUACUAGACGCAUAUUUUAAAAUUAAUUAUGAUUUAAUUAAGAAAGACUUUGAGAUUAAUUAUAAAUCAAAAGUUGGAGAACCUCCACCAAGACCAAGUAAAACAUCAAAAAAUGCUCAAAAUCCUGAAAAUUCUGAAGUAACUCAAUCUCCUUCAGACAGUGUAACUCUUUUAACAUCAGAAAAUUUAGGAGCUGCAGAACCAAAUGGAAGUGAAGUACCUCAAGCAUCGAACGGAGCUGGUGUAUUUGGGCCACCUAAUGCACAGGCACACCCUGGAGCUCUAAUGGAAAAUACACAAACAAGAACACCUAAAAAAGAAGCUCCCAAAUUAUUAAGCUAUAAAGAAUUAACUAAUUAUAAGCCUUGCUUCUUCAAUUAUAAUUGUCUAUACUCUGAAUGUAGAGAGAUGAAGCAUUUAUAUGAAUAUUUUAGAAACUAUGAUGCAAUUAACAUAAACGUUAAUUGUGAAAAAAUGGAAAAUUAUCUAUAUUUAAAAUACCUUAAAUAUAUUAAUUCUUUAUAUAAAAUGCACAAAAACGAAUGUUGUUCCUAUGGUGCUGAGCUGUGUACUGAUUAUUUUUUGCGCUGUGACAAGGCUUAUAAUCCCCAAAAUCUUAUAUCAGCACUAGAAUCGAGAAAUAGAGAAGAAUGUAAGAGAAUAAAAGAAUCAAUAAAACCUAACACAUCUGAAGAUUCACAGACUAUUAAUGCUAAUUCAGAAGAUAACAUGUUUAUUAAAUAUUUAACAUGUUCUCGUGUCAAUGAUUCUGAAUUUAAAAAUAAAGGCUUAAGAUGCCAGGAACCACAACAUAGUCCACACUUAAAAAAUCAACAUUCUCCUAGAGGACCUGUAAAAAACCAGCAAACUAGUGCUUCACAGUUAUAUGGGAAACAGAUAACGCUUGAUGGGAAAACAGUUAAUGCAGUUUUGAUCUCUGAUAAUCAUAGAAAAAUAACAGGAGAAAAUGAAAAUAGUGCGACCAGAGAAAAUCCCGAGAGUCCUAGAACCUCAAAUUUGUACACAUUCUUUCCAGAGGUUACGAGAAGUGCCCGUAAAAAUUACAUCCGAGAAGCAAAAACAGCAUGUUCAGAUGGAAAAACAACAUCAGAAUACUGUAGAAAAUCCAAAAAAUAUAAAGCUAUAAUAAAUUCAGCGAAUUAUAAUUCGAAAUAUAUUACAAACGAAAGUGGUGUGGGAAAUGUGGAUGAUGACACUUUUACUAUUGAUUCUUCAUCUACAAAUUCAAUAUUACAAAAUCUUCCUUUUCGAAUAGGGGUAGUAAUCCUUAUAACACUGGGUGCAAUUUUCACAUUCUUCCUUUAUUAUAAGUUUACCCCAUUUGGAUCAUGGCUUCGUUAUAGAAUUAAAGGAAAAAAGAAAAAUAAAUAUAUGUAUCAUAGAGAGCCUAGCCAUAAAUCAUUAAAUUACCCUGAAGAGCGUAUGCACCAAGGCCCUCGAAAGAAAAAAAUACAUAUAGUUUACCAUAAUUCAUAG